UGCUCACAGUAGAAUAUGGCGACGAUUAAUGACGUCAUGUAUUUCCGGUACUGCGGCAGUAUACUGAUUACUGGCUCUUGGCAGUCCAUAAGGGAACGAAUUUUUCUACAUUGAUAGCACUGUGCAGUGCUCGCAGACCGCAGUGCAUAUCGGAAGUCGGAACAUAUCUACCCCAAGACACAUCAGAUUGAUUGUCAUUGUCUCAAAUGAUAUUUUAUUUAUUAAUUCCAUUCCUAUAAAUGGCUGGGUUCAGCUUACAUAAGCCAGACUCUUAGAUUAUGUUAUAUAAUUAAAAAUUAACGAGUAUUGACUUUUGACUACACGUCACAUACUGUGAAAACCAAAGAGAAUUUAAAUUUUAAUCACUAUUUCUGUGAAAACAGCUGAUCACACUCUGUUUAGUGUUUAUUGUUUACACUUUUGAGUUAAUUAAUAUAAAGUUACGGACUCGUCCGUGUAUAAAGUUUAUUUAGUGAUUAAUGAACCAAGUUUUAACAAUACUUCUUUAAUGCAAUUAAACAUGUUUUGAGACAUAACUCUGUUGGAGCGCGAUUAUUUAUCGCACUGUCUGUGAGUUUUGAAGUUGUAAGAGGUUAUGAAAUAUGAAGUUCAAUCAUGGAAAGUAAUGAAAUCACGGAUAAAUCACUAAAAUCAUUCACUGCUCCGCUUUUUGCUGGUGCUACAGCAGGAGUUACAGUCUCUGCAGCUCUGUAUCCAUUGGACACAUUGAAAACGAGAUUACAGAGUCCACAGGGAUUUUACAAGGCUGGCGGCUUUAAUGGUGUAUAUAGAGGGUUGCUAACAGUGGUCGCAGGAUCGAUGCCCACAACAGCAUUAUUCUUUGCGACAUACGAGGCGAUAAAGAAUGUGGCAUCACCGAUGAUGGCACCACAAUACUUGCCGUUGGUACACAUGAUGGCCGCAAGCGUUGGCGAAGUGUUGACCUGUUUGAUCCGAGUGCCGAUAGAGAUCGCAAAGCAGCGGAAACAGACGUACGUGGGGAAUCAGGCGAAGAGCAGCAUUGGUAUUCUAGUACAUGCGUUCCGCACGGGGGGACUCCGUAACGGCGUGUACCGAGGUUUCUUGCCCACAUUGAUGAGAGACCUGCCCAUAGGUUUCAUCGAGAUGCCACUGUGGGAACUCUUCAAGAAGAUAGUCAAAGAGCGCAACGACGGCAAUAUCAGUAGCGUUGAGAGUGCAUGUUGCGGGUCCAUAGCGGGCUGCGUGGCGGCGGUGGCGACCACACCCCUUGACCUGGCCAAGACGCGCAUCAUGCUCGCUGACGACCAUGCAGCGACCCGCAAGCUGCGCAUCGCACCUGUGCUCACACACAUUUUCGCAGAGUCCGGCUUCAGAGGACUCUUCGCUGGAGUAAUACCAAGAAUUUCACUAUUCAUGAUUGGUGGAUUUGCUUUCUUUGGUGCCUACGAAACAUCGAAGGACAUUUUCGAAAGAUAUUUCCAUAGGUAGAUAAAUUAAUGAAAAUGAAAUAAAGAAUGGACGGAAGGCUUUUCUAAGCUUUAUGUGACAAAUUGUUGUGUUAUUUAAUGAGCUACCUCAAGAACUUGUAUUAUUAAUAUAAUUAAUAUUAUUAAAAAUAAUAUAUUUAAAAUAUAUUUUUAUGGGAUCUCAUGUAUGGAUUUAAUCUAGAGUUAUUUAUAGCAUCUAGAAACAUAAGUAAAUAAAGAAAGUUGUUAUAACAAAAAA